CCCAGAUCUGGGUCAAGAUGCCUGUGAUGAAGGGCCUCCUGGCCCCCCAGAACACCUUUCUGGACACCAUCGCCACUCGCUUCGAUGGCACCCACAGCAAUUUCCUGUUGGGUAACGCCCAGGGCCACCGGGGCUAUCCCAUCGUCUACUGCUCCGACGGCUUCUGCGAGCUGACGGGCUUCGCACGCACCGAGGUGAUGCAGAAGAACUGCAGCUGCCGCUUCCUGUACGGGGCCGACACCAGCGAGCACGUGGCCCAGCAGAUGGAGAAGGCCCUGGAGGGCAGAGAGGAGUAUCAGGCCGAGGUUCACUUCUACAAAAAGAAUGGAACGGCCUUCUGGUGCCUGUUGGACAUUGUUCCUAUAAAGAAUGAGAAAGGGGAGAUGGUUCUCUUCCUCUUCUCGUUCAAGGACAUCACCGACAGCUAUGGAAAAGGCCACCACCACAGCAAGAAAGAAGUUUCAGAGGACAAGAGGCGAAGGCGGAAGAGCAGCUCUCACUUCAGCGAGGCCAGGAAGCGUGGGCGCACCAUGCUCUACCAGCUAACCAGCCAGUUCUCCAGAGGAGGCAAAGGGGAGGCCGUCAACCUGGGCAGUAACAUGUUUGACAAACCCUCGGUGCCGGAGUACAAGGUGGCGACGGUGCAGAAGUCCCGCUUCAUUCUGCUGCACUACAGCGUGUCAAAAGCCCUGUGGGACUGGCUCAUCCUGCUGGCCACCUUCUACGUGGCUGUCACCGUGCCCUACAAUGUCAGCUUCACACCGUACGAUGACACCGACACAGCUGCACGCUCCACCAUUGUCAGCGACAUCGCCGUGGAGAUGCUGUUUAUUCUAGACAUUAUCCUGAACUUCCGCACUACCUUCGUCAGCCAGUCAGGCCAGGUGGUGUACGAGGCACGCUCCAUUUGCAUCCACUAUGCCACCACCUGGUUCUUUGUGGAUCUGGUGGCCGCCUUGCCCUUUGACCUGCUUUAUGCCUUCAACAUCACAGUGACCUCCUUGGUCCAUCUGCUGAAGACGGUACGCCUCCUGCGCCUCCUUCGGCUGCUCCAGAAGCUGGACCGCUACUCCCAGUACAGUGCCAUGGUGCUGACCCUGCUGAUGUCGAUGUUUGCUCUGCUGGCGCACUGGAUGGCCUGCAUCUGGUACAUCAUCGGUCGCAAGGAGAUAGAGAUCAACGAUCCAGACACCUGGGACAUAGGAUGGCUCCAUGAGCUGGGCAAACGUCUGGAGACGCCCUACGCCAACAGCACAGUGGGAGGCCCGUCGGUGCGCAGCUCCUACAUCGCUGCCCUCUACUUCACCCUGAGCAGCUUAACCAGUGUGGGCUUUGGCAAUGUCUGUGCCAACACCGAUGCUGAGAAGAUCUUCUCCAUCUGCACCAUGCUUAUUGGCGCGCUGAUGCAUGCGGUGGUCUUUGGUAACGUGACGGCCAUCAUCCAGCGCAUGUACUCGCGGCGUUCACUCUACCACACGCGCAUGAAGGACCUGAAGGACUUCAUCCGUGUCCACCGGCUGCCCCAGCAACUCAAACAACGCAUGCUGGAGUACUUCCAAACCACCUGGUCUGUCAACAACGGUAUAGAUGCCAACGAGCUCCUCCAUGACUUCCCUGAUGAGCUGCGUGCUGACAUUGCCAUGCAUCUGAAUAAGGACAUCCUCCAGUUGCCUGUCUUUGAGGGGGCCAGUCGCGGCUGCCUGCGCUCACUCUCCCUCCACAUAAAAACCUCCUUCUGUGCCCCCGGAGAGUACCUGAUCCGCCAGGGAGACGCGCUGCAUGCCAACUACUUUGUUUGCUCUGGUUCUCUGGAGGUGCUCAAAGACAGCAUGGUGUUGGCCAUAUUAGGAAAAGGGGACCUGAUUGGCUCCGACCUGCCCGGCACAGACCAGGUGAUCAAGACCAACGCCGAUGUGAAGGCGCUGACCUACUGCGAUCUGCAGUAUAUCAGCGUGCGCGGCCUGAGGGAAGUGCUGGAGCUCUACCCCGAGUACGCCAGCGUCUUCACCUCCGACAUCCACCACAACCUCACCUAUAAUCUGCGCGAGGGCACCCAGGACGAGGGCUUCACCAGGUUUUCAAGGUCACCCAGGCUUCCCCAUAGCACACGGGGCUCCAGCGAACACAAGCUUCCCUCUAUCGUGGAGACCAAAGGCGAGGAGGCUGACGAGUUCUUCCAUCUCUCUCCAGCAUCACGGUCCCGUCGCAACCUCCUCCUGCCCAGCCUCAGCAGCCCCGUUCGCCGUACCUCCCUGGGGAACCUGCUGGGCGACGAGCUGCGCCAGUUCAACGCCCUGCGCCGCUGCCGCUCGCCAAACCUCAGCCGUAGUCAUCGGGGCCAGAGCCCAUCCCCCCAGCCACCGGUGAAACGAGAGCACAGCACCACCACAGCAUCUCCAGCCCAGGAAGAGCCUGGGGUUGAGCAGAAGCCCGCAAAGCUGCUCAUCCCAACCGUCACCUGCUUUGGACCCCCAGACCUCAGUCCCAGGGUUGUGGAUGGCAUUGAAGAUAAUGGACACACAUUCCAUUUCAACGUGGAGCAGAGCGGGCCCAAAGCCAGUGCGGGUGGCAGCGCCCAAGGUAAGCCAAACCGCCUCCAGCUUGUCACUCUGCUGCUGGAGACAGAGGAGGUCAAGCACAGCAUCAGUCAGCUCAGCCAAAAGAUGGGGACUUUAAACCAGGAAGUAUCUGAACUCACCAAGGACCUGCACCACAUGAUGCAUCUCCUCCAGGCCCAUGUGGCAGUGCACCACUACACGGGCGCCCUGUCCUCCCACCCUUAUGGUGUCCACAUGGUGUCCAACCCUCAUUCAGCCCCAAACACUGGCAUGCCUUUCAACCUGGCUUCCAGCUUGCACCUCCAUCAUGAUCCUGGGACCCUUGAGGGCCACAGUCACCAUGGUCUCCACCCUGGUGGCCACUGGAGCUACAGUGGGGCAGCUGGAACCCAGACAGAAAGCCACUUCCACCCCCAGUCCUCUAGUCCAGGACCUCCAAACUUCUACCCAACCCUCCCUGUAGACUCAGCACCCAGGCCAGGCCUAUGUCAUGGAUCUGGGAGCACCACCCCACAUCCUUGGACUGGCCCUUCUCUCCUUGGCAUCAGCCCAGCCUUCCAGGGUGGAAGUCCAGGCCUGGCACAUCAUGUCGGGCAUGAAGGCUCUGACGAUAGGCCUCUCAGUGCAAGCUCAGCUACAACCCAGUCCCAGCCCACUUUGUGCCUGCAGCCUCCCAGUGGCAGUGCUGAAUAUUCUUGCCUUUUGUCAAGCGCCCCUACAUCUACCCACAGUCUGUUGGCGCCAUCACCCAGUUCUUACCCCCAUCUCUACCCGCCCUCUGACCCCCACCUCCAUCCAGCACAAACCACAACAGGGGACAUUAGUGUCCUGACGUCCGACCCAAAAGGUCAUAACCUGAUCCAGGACAUCGCCGGCCUCCAAGUCGAGGAGCCACACCUCUCCAUCCACCCGACCCCUGCCUCUCCGCCCACCUUCCCCCGCCAGCCAUCUGUCUGCUCCCAGGACUCAGGACCUCCAAGGCCAGAUGCUCUUGAUGCCCACAUCCCACUGGGCGAUCCAUCUGCCGUGGAACACACCAGUCUGGAGUGCCUACUUGGGAAUGGGGGCUCCAUGGAGAGCAGGGACAGCGAAAGCGUGUCGUCCCGCAGGUCCAGCAUUGGCGUCCAAACUCAGAGCACAGAGCAGUCAUGGUGUCUGGACCUCACAGACUAGACUGACCCAUGCUGUCACGGCAGAUGCUCUCACUGCAGCAGAGGCAGUGUCAGCGUGCAGGGAAAAAAGCAGCACUGGACAAGGAACUCACAUUAUUGACCCACAACGUCUCACAGUGUUUGGAGUGACUCUGCUGGAGAUUGUCAAUGUGUGCCGUGUUUGAGUCCCAAGUUACUGGGCUGUCAUAUUUGUCAAACUCCAUGCAGUUUACACCUUUUCUAUGCAAAAGCAUGUCAUUUGUGCAUUAUAUUGGCUUUGUUGAGGUGUGUCUUUAAAAAAAAAAAAAAAAAAAACAAGAGUUCUUUCUCUUAUUGAUUAAUUCACUUAAGAGGCAUUUUAACAAGUGUUUAAUUUACAGAAUUCAAAUAUUGUAUAUGAUAACAUGUAAGUCUGAGGAACUUUUGAAAGUUGAUUUAUUUAUUUACUCUCUCAAACAAAAAGCAUAACAUGGUUGAGUAGUACAAACCACAUGACUACAAAAUGGUGGUAGUAGUGUAAGCUUCCUUAAAGGGAUAAUGUCUCCAUGCAAAGGCAUGAAUACAGUGCAAGUUAUUUAUUUUUUUUUAUAAAAUACGAUUAGAGUUGGCUGAACUGAGGCAAAAUUAGGAAUAGAUUUUCUCUCUCUCUCUCUCUCUCUCUCUCUCUCUCUCUCUAUCAGCUGAAGCAUUAAAUGAAUCUUUGAUGUCUUUUGAAUUUACUACUUCAACAGUUUUCAUGGGGCAUCAUCAUGAAUGUUUAUACUACACAGUAUGAGCAUCUGGCACAAUAUGUUCUAUAAAAAAUGUUCAUUUAUUUCUUUGUUUAUUGUUUAUUUAUUAGCUGGUAAUCAAAAACUAUCAGAGGCAUUACUGGAACCAGUGAUGUACAGCAUAGCCGACAUCACUGGUAACUUUCUCCACCGUUAGAUAAGUACAUGUCCAUGAAUCCACCAUGGCAUGGUAUUAUGCACAACCUUUGAGGACAUUACUGUACACUAUCUACCUUUACUUCAGCUGUUGGGCUCCGAGCUCACACUAAAUCAACCCAUACACCCGUGGGUUCCAGUAUAUACUUUUCCAACAUCCUCAGAGGAAUUUGAAGUUGACAAUAUCUAUUACCUCCUUGCAUGGUAAAGUUGUUUAUUCUUUUUCCUAAGGAAAAGGUAACCACAUCGAUGUGUAAGCAUUCAACAUGACAACGUGUUGAUUGUGUAGACAAAUACUGUAUUUGCAUGGCAGGUCGAGGCAGGCAGCUCAAGGGUUUGGACAUUUGGCAAAGCACAAGACACAGGCAUGUAGGGAAUAGUGUAUGUGCACCACACAUCAUAAAUUGUUUAUUGUUUUAAUUUUUUUGUUGUUGUUGUUGUUUUUUCCAAUUUUUAUUUUGAUAAGUUGUGAGUUCAAAGAGGUCUUGGAAUAUGAAUGUCUAAUAUCAAACAAAACUCCAAACAGCAAUUAUAGUACACAAGUAUAUAAUAUAUAAUCUAGGUUCUGAUUUAAUUGAACAUCUCCUUUUUUGUUCUCCUUUUGAAGAUUUUUCAGGAGUUGUGAAUGAAGAUAAUAUUCUUUCUUUAGAGGCAUUACAUAUGAGAUAGAUGUAAAUUAGGCUUAUCUGUGCUUUAAAAAACACCUUUGCUUCAAAAGCUAUUAAAAGACUUUAAAAAAGCUUUCCCAAGGAUCUACAAUAUUAUCAAGUUAGCAUAGCUACUGAUAAAAUAAACAUAUAUUUAGCAAGGAGAGUUUGUCCCACCAUUAAAUAUUUCGCACCAUUACUAGUUUGCAAAAUAUGAAUGCCUCCUGAGAAAAAAUAAUCAUUAAAUUGCAAUAUUCACAUUACAUU